AUGGCGCAAGGCAAUGGAUACCUGAAGAAAGGCAAGAAGAACGUCAAGAAUAUCGGAUCAAAGCCCUCUAAAAAAGCCGUGAGCUAUUCACACAAGAAAUCUGCUGCUAAGUUUACUAAGAAAGGCAACCCAACGAUCGAGAUCCGGCGCGGCUGUAGCGGUAUGAAAAACCAUGGAAGCAAGGCUGUGACGGGUUUCAUCAACCAAAACUUAGAGAACAUUAUGGCUAGUCGCGUGUUGCAGGCCGGUACGACACUUGCACUUAGGGACGUUAAGGCACACGGUAAAGAACGAUUGAAGGAGAUCAACCAGCAAGCACGCACGAAGAAGAAGAGCCGCGUAGCACAGAAGCUGGCAGCAUUAGAGCGGUCAAUCAAGGAUCAAGAAGAGGGUAGUACUAGGCACAAGCGCCCCACGGCUGCAGCUGUUGUGUCGCAGUCUUAA